AUGCCAUUAUUUAAUCGUAAAACUGUUUUUGAAGAUCUUUCAGCUGAACUAUUUUUUGAACUAUUCGAUUUUUUCCAUUUUACUGAAUUAUAUAAUACGUUUGCUCAUUUAAAUCAGCGAAUCGAUGGCUAUUUAGCUCAAUUAUCAAAUAUAUACUUAGAUUUAUCCUCAACAAAAUAUAUACUAGUUACAAAAUUAAAUGAACAGCAAAUAUUAUGCGUAAAAUCACUAAAAUUUAUGACGUUCGAACACGGAGGUCAACACGAAAAACAAGAAUUUUUCAUUCAAUAUCCAUUGAAAUCAUUUCGACAAUUACGUUCGUUAAACUUACGACUGAUCAUCUCAUCUACCGAUCUUCCUAUUAUCAUUGAUCAAUUACCAUUGUUACCUUAUUUAACGUCCUUGAAUAUCACUUUUGAUUUAUUUGGGUCGAAAUUAACUGUAGAUGACCUUCGACACACCUAUGAAAUAAUAUUUCGUUCUUGUACUACCUUAAAAAUAUUGAAAUUCAUUAUAAUGGAUCAUAAUGAUUCACGUAAAAGAAUACAUAAUGUCCCAUUAUUUAAUCAACCAAUAACAACGAACAUUGAAUAUUUGGAUAUCUAUCAACUCUAUUUCGAUGAAUUCGAUUGUAUUUUAUCACCAUUAUUCUUACCCCAAGUAAAAUCAUUGACUGCAACGAUUUAUGAUAAUCCAACACAGCAGGAUUUUCCCAAUGACAAACUGACAGUCGAUUUUUUAACUAAUCUUGCGGUACAUUUUAAUUGGGAAUUUUCAUUUGCAUAUCUCGAAUCAAUUUUUAAACGAACACCGAAUUUAAAAUCAUUUCUUAUCACAUCGUCUCCAAUAACACUAAUUGAUUGUCAAAAAUGGCAAUAUUUCUUAUCUAAAUAUUUACUAAAAGUUGUAAAAUUUCAUUUACAUGCAUGUGAUUGGGAACAACGACAAUGGUCAAAGAGAAGUGAGUACACAGACUUUCGAACAUCGACAUAUUGGAUGAUAGAACGAAGUGGUCUUGUUCGAACAGAAUGUCAACAAUCAUUGGAUGAAGAAGGCAAUGGACUCGAUUCAAUAUCUAUUACUUUUACAACAACAUCAUUUCAAAGUUGGAAGAAACAGUGUUUGUAUUGCUACUUUUAA